AUGGAGUGGCCGGCAGCAUGGCCCGUGCUCGUCCUCGUCACUUUGCUCACGCCCUGGAGCAGCGCCGUCGCCGUUGCAUCACCGCCAGUAGUGGCGUCGGCGGCGCCGGUGCGGGUGGGCGUGGUGCUGGACCUGACGAGCCACGUGGGGAGGGAGAGGCGCGCCUGCAUUUCUUCGGCGUUGGACGACUUCGACGCCGCUCACCUCAGCUCCGACGCAGCGCGGGUCGAACUGCUCGUACGGGACUCGCGCGGGGAUCUAGCCAUGGCAACACAUGCUGAUACUAGAUAG